UACACUUUGUUGUCAUCCUGAAGGAUGUUGAUAGCUGGAAAAAAUGCACGUUUCCAAAAUGCACAAGAGCGCGUAAUAAGUUUAAUUUCCAGUUAUGUUGCGCUUAGUGAAUCUUCGACGUCACCAUCUCUUUUUUGUCACUCCCAACUACGAACUGCAAAGUUGCUCGACAAAGAACGCACUCGUUUUGUAAAGCCCAAGCGUAGUUGCCUCUACAGAAGAAUACUUUUUAACCGACGCAACAACGGGUAGAAAGAUGAGACUCGCACCUUUCUUGUGUUUCUUCAGUUUUAUUUGGUUGGCAGAUUGUGCACCACCGACAUGCUAUUCCCGAGUGCUUGGCUUGAGCAAGGAAAUAAUGGACCUUUUGGAAAAACUACACAAUUAUCAUCUCACGAAAACCUGCGUGGAGAUUCUGCCCAAGAUGUUUCUGGAUGUGCACAAUUCGUGCAUCGUGACCAAGCUCCGUGACUUCCUCUAUGUUGUGGAGAACCUUCCUACACAGUACUGCAGAGAGCGUCCCAGGAUCACGUUGUUGAAGCGCAAAGUCAACAACCUGUACACAAUUAUCAACCGAAUCUGUUAUCGGCUGAAGAUGUUGUGUAUGCCGAGGUCUGACUGUUUGACCUCCCCACAGGACCUAGUGUAUUUCACAGAUGACUGUGAGGCCAUUGAGACUGGACAGAGUACCCCUCACUACGGAGAGGACAGGCUCCAGCUGCUGGUGGAAGAGAAGAGAUGAGCCCAUCCAGAGACAAACACAAUCACGCUCACAUGUGCAAACAGUGCACGUCUCACACACACACACACACACACACAGGAAUGGAUGUGUGAGGGUAUGUAAACCCUGUUUCACUCAAAAUCACACACACACACACACACAUACAUAACAUCACACACAACACACAACUCUAGUGGAAAAACAUGCCAACGCGGUUUAUUUUCUAACCAAUGUAGUGGUGGCCUACAGAGUUGAUGUUAAUGGUGAAGUCUCAUGUUAGUUGGCAUGUGUCUGGUUACAUUCCACCAAGUGAUGGAGAACUUUCCACAGGAAAUUUGCUGAAUACCAGCCAUUCCAAUGAAAACCUUAAAAUAAUAAACCAAUAAGAAAUGUUUGUGAGCCUCGCUUACCACUGCUUACUUACCAUACUGUUUGAAAGGGAAUGCCUAAUUUAUCCAAAUAUGUUGUAUGUUUCCAUAACCCUUCGUAUUACUAAGCUGUCUUGAGGCUUACACAUACCUAGUUCCCAGCCUGUACACCCCUGAGAAAAUAAUGAUUACCUCAUGCUGAUUGUUUGAUUGUAUGAAUAGGCCUACUCUUUAACCUUUAGUUAUGUAUCUUGUUUUGAUGAAGGGCUAAACUUAAUCAUUAUCGCGUUUUCUAUGUAAUUGGUACAAUAUACGUUUGUGUAGUGUAUUACUUAUAUGUAUGUAAUAAAACAACUAUAUCUCUU